AUGAUUUCAGAGGGAACUAUUAAUACUGGCACACAAGAAAUAAAAACUGAAUUUUUCCUUGGGGGUGAUUAUAAAUACAUAUUGAUCAAUGCUGCUUCAGCUAAUUAUGCAUGUGCGUGGUGCAAAGUACACAAACUCGACAGAUGGAAAACAGAUCAUGAUUACAAAUACUUCAACAUACCCCCCAUGGCCAGAACAUUGCAACAAAUCAGAGAUCUGCUGCAAGAUUCUAACAAUAAUUAUGGAUGCAUUAAAGACCCAUUAUUAAAUAUUGAACUGGAUCAUGUCAUAGUCGAUGAACUCCAUUUGUUAUUGAGAGUAACCGACAUUUUAAUGACAAAUUUAAUAACUGAAGCAAUGGAAUGGGAUAAGGAUGAAGGAUUUGAGAAGAGAAGUGGAGCUAAAAAUGUUCAUCUGGAAAAAUUAAUUAACACCAUACAAUCUUGUGGUGUAUCAUUCCAAGUAUGGGAGAAAAAAAAUGCGGUAAAAAGAGUGGGAAGUAUGACUGGACUAGCCUAA